CAAUUAUCAAAAUAAGCAAAAUGGCGGCUGAGCACGGAGAAAGAUAAUUGUCUGCUAAACAUUCAUUUAUAAUGGCGACACAAAAGCCAGGCGAAUGGGUUCAGUCCCUCAUCAACCGAUUUGAUGCACAGCUGCCCAUCAAAACUGGCCUUCACACAACACAGGCUAUUCAGAAUGUGGAACAGAACAAAGAAUGCCUAAUAAAUGUCUCAAGAUACAAGUUCCGAGAAGUCAUCAAUGGACUUACGAAAACUCUGCAGUCAGUCAAUAACACGAGGAUUAUUGGACAGGAGGCAGAGAGGAACUACUUUGAGUCCCAACUCAUCAUACUCGAUACGCUGGUCAAAGUUCUUAACUCACAACCAAAAGACACAUCAAGACUGGAUGAAGCCAUCUAUGUCAAACUGCUUCUACCAGAAAUCUGCAAGUUCCUGAACAUGCAGAAUGACACUCCGUACGUGCUCCAGCUGAAAAGUCUCGCCUCAAAGGUGCUCUUUGCUCUCAGUCUCAACGCUUUCAAUGCUGUGUUCAGCAGGAUCUCCGCCAGGCUGAUGACGCUGUCCACCUGUAGUGAGGACCAGUCAGAUCUCUCGGACCUUGAACUCAUUCAGCACCUCAAUGUGGACGUGAACAGGCUUACAAAACUCCUCAGUGAUGUGGUGUCCAAGUUCAGACUCCUGAAAUCCAAGCAGGUCAUCUCUAGCCUUGCACAUAACCUGGAAAAGGCCAUUUGGAACUGGAUGGAUAACUACCCUGAAGAGUUCACUGACCUACAGAAAAGGCCCAAUGAAGAACUACAGGAGUGCUGUGACAAGCUGUUUGAGCAGUACCUAUCAUACAUGGAGAACUCUGCUAAGCGUAAGGCCUCAGUUUGGCCCUUCCAAAUGAUGCUACUCAUCCUCUGUCCUAAAAUCCUGGAGGAGAUCAACAAUGCAGAUGGUGGAGCCCCCUGCUCUCAACAACACUUGAAAAAGAAACAUUUCAUUGACGAAGUGAAGAAAACUAUAGCCAAUCAUCACAGCUGUAACAAACAACUUGCCGAGGGUGCAGCAGUGCUGUGCGUUCGUCUGUGCAAAGCAUCCACCUACAUCUCCAUACACGACAGGCUCAAUGUGCUCUUUAGUCUCGUGCAGUCAAUCAUUGGGGAUUUGAAGUCACUUCUAUUCAACCCACCGCCCAACAGUAAGACAUUUUCCCGGGGCCAGAAUAUUGUGGGACAGGAUCUGGACCUUUACAUUGAUUGCUUCGUCUCCUGUUUCCGUAUCACCCCGCACAAUAACGAUGUGCUGAAGGUGUGCCUCAACACACACUCCCCACCCAUCUACCACUUUGUCCUCGUCAACGCGCUACAUAGGAUCAUUACACAGCGGAGGCUAGCAUGGUGGCCCAACAUUAGCAUAAUCUACAACAAGGCGGCAGAACUGCGGAACAUGUUCACAGACACGCUGAACAAAGUGACACAAGGCAUGACAAGCCAUACCGCACCCAAGUCCUCCGUCGCCGGCGGCCUUUCUUAUAUGACGCGGUUCACCAUCAGCAAACUGGGCAAGCCUGAUGAAACCAUGACAACCUACCGCUACCUGCUUUUAUGGAUUGUGAGACUCAUACACGCUGACCCGAACCUUAUGCUUCAUAACCAGGGUAAGCCCGGCCAUGAGAUACAGAGCAGCACUCUGGAGCUGAUCAAUGGCCUCGUAUCACUGGUACAUCAACAGUACAUGCCCGAGGAUGUCGCGCAGGAAGCCAUGGAGGCAUUGCUCUGUCUCCACCAGCCUGUGAACAUUGAGUUGUGGAACCCAGAGGCACCCAUCAACACUUUCUGGGAUGUCAAUUCCCAGGUUCUGUUCUCCAUAUCCCAGAAGUUGAUUCAGCAUCAGAUCAUCAACUACACCGAGAUCCUCAAAUGGCUACAAGAGAUCCUUGUGUGUCGAAACGCUUUUCUUCAGAAACACAGCUCUAAUGCGAACGCCGGCAGUAACAUACCUGUCUGCAAACAAGCACACAUCAAACUCGAGGUUGUGUUCUUCAUGUAUCUGUGGAGUAUUGACAUAGACGCAGUGUUGACAGCCAUGUCAUGUUUCCACCUCCUCUGUGAAGAAGCUGACAUACGCUGCGGAGCCGAUGAAAUGGCUGUCACACAGUUGCUGCCAAACUACAAUGUAUAUACCGAGCUUGCAGCAGCCUCCACUGUGCUGACGACAGGACGUGCUGCCCUUCAGAAAAGAAUCAUGGCAUUAUUGCGCAAGAUAGACCAGUCUACUCCGGGCACAUCACAGGCGUGGGACGACACAUUUCGUAACUGGGGCGUGGUCACGAGCUACCUUGAGGCGUACCCUAAGGACCACAAGGUCAAGAUUGAUGACACUGCAGCGGUUGGGGAUGCCAUUAGGGCGAAACGGAAGCCGCCCCACCAUGCCAACACCGAACAUGAACUGGAGGACCAGCUAAAUGAGUGGGCCAACAUGACGGGGUUCCUGUGUGCCCUGGGUGGGGUGAGACUACAGAGCAAGGUUCACAGGGUCAGCUCUCAAUGUCUGAUGGACAAUCGUGAUAAUAGAAAGAGCAGCCUGAUGCAGAGUUGUGCCACCACCGACUCCCAGUACUGUCCGGUCACACAGUUUAUCAGUAACCUGUUGAAGCUGCUGGUGUGUCAGAAUGAGAAGUUUGGAGCCCAGAUCCAGAAACACGUGAAGGAACUGGUUGGACAUGAGCUCAACUCCGCACUCUAUCCUAUACUGUUUGACCAGAUCAAGAUCUGCGUUGAUAAAUACUUUGACCCUUCUGGACAGGUGAUAGUGACAGACCUGAGCACCCAGUUCAUUGAGAAUGUGAUCUUCAUCAUGAAGAACAUCCUGGAGAUGAAACCUGACCAGCCGUGUGAACACCUUGGGGUGGCUAGCAUAGAGCAACUCAUGUUGGCUGUUGUAAGAUAUGUCCGUCAUUUGGACUCGACCGUACAUGCCAUACAGAUCAAGAUCAAACUGUGCCAGCUAGUCGAAGCUAUGAUGUUGCGUAGGGACGACUUAACAUUCAGACAGGAGAUGAAGUUCCGUAACAAACUCGUCGAGUACCUCACCGACUGGAUAAUGGGAAACUCACACCAAGUCAACAUACAAGGCGACAUCUGCAGUAUGUCCAGGAAACAUGAGAGCAAGGGAAUGUCACGAUCAUCGAGCGGGCUUCAACGCUAUCUUCACCAGAACCCCGUACAAAGUUUGGGCUCUAGUAAGGGCUCAGCCCCAACUGUUAUACACCACCAACCCGUGUUCUUCCUUACCCAGCCUGCCGUUGUGGACCUGGACCAAGCCAGUAUGGAGGCCGUAGCAGCCCUCUUAGCCGGCCUGCCCCUCCAACCAGAGGAAAGUGACCGCGGAGAUCUCAUGGAGGCCAAAUCUCAACUUUUUCUCAAGUAUCUGACCCUAUUUAUGAACCUGCUAAAUGACUGUUCCGAGGAGGAACAAGACAAGGCUAUGGACCCAAAUCGGAAGCGUAGCACAUCAAACCUGAGUGCCCUAAGGAAUUGCACUGUGCAGGCCAUGUCCAAUCUUCUCAAUGCCAACAUUGACAGCGGCCUCAUGCACUCCAUAGCCUUGGGCUACCACAAGGACCCGCAGACACGGGCCGCCUUUAUGGAGGUUCUCACCAAGAUUCUGCAGCAGGGGACAGAGUUUGAGACCCUAGCAGAGACAGCCCUAGCGGACCGGUUUGAGCGCCUUGUGGAGCUUGUUACUAUGAUUGGAGACAAAGGGGAGCUGCCCAUUGCCAUGGCGCUGGCCACUGUGGUACCCACCUCUCAGAUGGAUGAGUUGGCUCGAGUGUUUGUGAAUCUGUUUGAUGCCAAACAUCUGCUGUAUCAGCUCCUGUGGAACAUGUUCUCAAAGGAGGUUGAGAUAGCAGACUGCAUGCAGACGUUGUUCCGGGGUAACAGCCUAGCCAGUAAGAUCAUGGCGUACUGUUUCCGGUUCUACGGUCUUGGCUACCUGCGUGAGCUGCUUAAUCCUCUCAUUAUGGAGAUGUUUCAAAAGGAACACAGUUUUCAACAAAUCUCAUUUGAAGUUGAUCCUGCAAGGUUGGAGACUGGUGAGAAUAUUGAAGAGAACAAGAAGAACUUGAUGGUCAUCACCCAGAAAGUGUUCAAUGCCAUAGUCAGCUCUGCACACAAGUUUCCCUCAAAAUUACGAAGCAUGUGUCACUGCCUGUUUCACGUAGUUAAUCAGCGGUUCCAACAAAGCACGGGGGAAGCGGUGUGGACCGUGAUUGGAACCGUGAUAUUUUUACGGUUUAUCAACCCGGCCAUAGUGUCCCCGUAUGAAUCAGGCAUAAUAGAUGUAGAGCCGACGCCCAAAAUCAAGAGGGGUCUUACCUUGAUGUGUAAGAUAAUGCAGAACAUUGCCAACCAUCUCUUGUUCACGAAGGAAAACCACAUGCGGGGGUUCAAUGACAUCUUGAAAACCAACUUUGAGGCUGGAAGAAGGUUUUUCACUGAGAUAGCGUCGGACGUAGAUAUUCCAGACACGGGGAACCACAGUCUCUCUUUCAUCAACGAUGCGAACGUGCUGGCACUCCAUCGGCUACUCUGGAACAACCAGGAGAAGAUUGGCGACUAUCUCUCCAGCAGCAGGGACCACAAGGCAGUGGGGCGUCGCCCGUUUGACAAGAUGGCCACAUUGCUGGCAUACCUGGGACCACCGGAACACAGACCUCUUGACUCACAAUUGUCCAUGACCAAAAUCCACCUGCUGGCAGAUUCAAGAUGGAGCAGUAUGGACAUGACCAGCACCAAGUUUGAGGAGAUCAUGUCGAAACACAACAUGCACGAGAAAGAUGAGUUCAAAUCACUGAAAAACCUGCACAUCUUCUACCAAGCUGGCACAAGCAGGGCAGGCAACCCUGUGUUCUACUAUAUAGCCAGGAGAUACAAGGUUGGUGAAAUUAACGGAGACCUGCUCAUCUACCAUGUUUUGCUGACCUUGAAACCUUUCUACAACAAGCCCUUUGAGCUGUGUAUAGACUUCACUCACACAUGUGCAGAAAACAGGUUCAGGACUGACUUCCUGUCCAAGUGGUUUGUGGUGAUGCCGGAGGUUGUGUACCAGAACAUCGUGUCCACAUACAUCUACAACUGUAAUUCCUGGGUCCGCGAGUACACCAAGUUCCAUGACCGCAUUCUCACCCCCCUCAAGGGAAACCGUAAACUGGUGUUUAUUGACCAUCCUGCACGGCUUAACGACUACAUUGAAGUGGACCAUCAGAAACUCCCUGGCUCUACCGUGGCCCUGGAAGAGGACCUCAAGAUCUCCAACAACGCUCUCAAACUCUCUCAUAAAGAUACCAAAGUCACCAUUAAGGUAGGCCCAAACGCCAUCCAGAUAACGUCAGCAGAGAAGAGCAAGGUGUUAGGUCACCAGGUGCUCCUCAAUGACGUCUACUACGCCUCCGAGAUUGAAGAGGUUUGUCUAGUCGAUGACAACCAAUUCACACUGACUAUCUCAAAUGAGACAGGCCCUCUCUCCUUCAUCCAUAAUGACUGCGACAACAUCGUCCAUGACAUCAUCCACAUCCGCACACGCUGGGAGCUCUCCCAGCCUGACACCGUCACGGUCCACACCAAGAUCCGCCCCAAGGACGUCCCUGGGACGCUACUCAACGUCGCCCUCCUGAAUCUUGGCAGCUCUGACCCGAGCCUGCGAUCCGCCGCUUAUAACCUGUUGUGCGCACUCACACAGACGUUUGAUCUCAAGAUUGAAGGACAGCUAUUGGAAACUACGGGUUUAUGUAUUCCUGCGAACAACACAAUCUUCAUCAAGUCAAUCAGCGAGACGCUGGCCGCUAAUGAGCCCCACCUGACCUUGGAGUUCCUGGAGGAAUGUAUCCAAGGGUUUGGAAACUCCAACAUAGAGUUGAAACACUUGUGUCUAGAGUACAUUACUCCAUGGCUACCCAACCUCACUAGGUUUUGUCGGCAUACAGAUGAAAACAAGAGGCAGAAGGUGGCCCUCAUCCUGGACAAACUGAUCACCAUGACAAUAGAGGAAGUUGAGAUGUACCCCUCAAUCCAAGCUAAGAUCUGGGGUAACAUUGGCCAAGUUGCGGACCUACUGGACAUGGUCCUAGACAGCUUUAUCAAGCGAAGUGUGACAGGGGGCCUCGGCUCCAUACAGGCAGAAAUCAUGGCUGACACAGCCGUCGCUCUCACUUCUGCAAACGUGCAGCUGGUGUCACGGAAAGUGAUAGGCAGACUGUGUAGGUUGAUAGAUAAGACGUGUACGUCACCCACGCCAACCCUGGAACAGCAUCUGAUGUGGGACGACAUUGCCAUCCUGGCCAGAUACCUCCUCAUGUUGUCAUUCAACAACUCUCUUGAUGUGGCGAGUCACCUGCCGUUCCUGUUCCACAUAGUGACGUUGCUGGUGUGUACGGGCCCUCUGUCCCUGCGAGCUUCAACCCAUGGCCUGGUCAUCAACAUCAUACACUCACUGUGUACAUGCUCACAGCUCCAGUUUGGUGAGAACACACUGAAAGUGCUGAAGAUGAGCCUGGCCGAGUUCUCCCUCCCCAAGUUCUACCAGCUGUUUGGGAUCAGCAAGGUCAAGUCCGCGGCUGUCAGUGCUUUCCGAACAAGUUUUAGGCCUGGUGAUCGAUCAUUCACCAUGUCACCUCCAGAACACGAGAAGAUGCCGUUGUGCUCCUUGGAGACCAUUGUUGACGCACUGCUGGAAAUUAUGGAAGCGUGCAUGAAGGAUAUCAAGAACUGUGAUUGGUUGCAACAGUGGACUGAUUUGUCUAAGAGAUUUGCAUUCCAGUAUAACCCGGCACUACAGCCGAGGGCAAUUAUUGUUUUCGGCUGUAUCAGCAAGUCGGUUACUGACUCUGAGAUAAAACAGAUGUUGAAAAUACUCAUGAAGGUCGAAUUUUCGCUAAAAGCGCUCGAGUCAUUCCAGGAUUUGGUGUUGAUAGAAUCCAUUGUGAUGUGCCUCACCAGGCUACAACCCAUGCUGCGAGCGGACUCUCCCAUCCACAAGUUCCUGUUCUGGGUGGCCAUCUCGGUGUUGCAGCUAGACGAAGUUUCCCUCUAUGCUGCUGGACUCUCUCUCCUUGAACAAAACCUUCACACGCUCGACAACAUAGGCAUUCUCUACAAUGAGUCCCUUGAGAAGAUCAUGAUGGAGACGCGCGACCCACUGCAAUGGCAUUUCAAACAACUCGACCAUGCUAUGGGACUGAGUUUUAAGGCGAACUUCAACUUCGCAUUGGUUGGACACCUUCUCAAAGGUUUCCGCCACCCCAUCCAAACCACUGUGUCUCGGACUAUACGGGUCCUUCACCAUCUGUUGGCCAUUACCAGUAAACCCCUGGGAAGGGACAAGUUUGAGGUGAAUCCGCAGACUGUGCCAUACCUGGCAGCGUUGGUGUCAGUGUCAGAGGAGGUUCGGAGUCGCUGCCACCUCAAACACCGCACAAGCCAGUACGUAAUGACCGAGUCCCCCUCCAGCGACAGUCUUACAGCUGACAUCUCACAGUCUGUACCCUCCACUGCAGGUAUCAGUGGUCAAGGGUCCAGCACAUCAGUGACUAGCACCAGUAAUGGCUCAUUACCAACCAUGACGGGAAACUCCCAGGCCCAUAGUACUGGUUCUGUGUCCACGACAAUGUCAUCUUCCACCCCCAAUGUGGCAACAUCUCCUCCCACCCCCGCUUCUCCCGCAACACCCCAGACAGCUGUCCCCCCAACCCCUCCCAUUACCACCGUUGCCACAACAACACCAACCACCCAGCCCACACAGUCUACUGCGACCCCCAAAGGUCAAGGUGAUGGUCAAGGUGGUCAAAGUGGCUCCCCACCAACCAGUAGUGGGCCAAUACGUCAGAAAUCCUGGGAACUGCUUGACCAGCAGGCAAUGGCUCAAGCAAAAAAGGCAACAUCAGCACCGCACCAAAUACAAAACGCUGCUGCUGUAGUUGCACAACAGAAUUCCAGCAAUUCCAAAGUAUGGCGAAGUUUAGAUAAUGAGUCGGCGAACAACACGGCAAAUGCAACUGCAGUAAUCCCGGCAGCCCGACCCCCUCUGUUCAAGACACGUAGCAGCUCCAUGCCUGCCCCAGGGACCAAGAAAAUGGACAAUGGAAAGUCGCAAACCAGAGUUGGGCGGGGGUCGGUGUCAAAUGAGAAUAAUAUUCUGCUGGAUCCAGAGGUGCUUACAGAUUACCCCACCCAGGUGUUGGUACUCACCGUGCUGGCUACACUGGUGAGGAACACAACAGAUGAGAAUGAGGCAAGGAUUCUGUAUGAAUACCUGGCAGAGGCGUCUGUCGUCUUCCCAAAAGUUUUCCCUGUCAUCCACUCAUUAAUGGAUGCCAAGAUCAACAAUGUGCUAAACCUGUGCCAUGACCAAGCUAUCCUGAAUGCCGUACAGUGUAUCAUUCAAAACAUGAUCGCAUGCGAAGACCCAUCACAACAACAACUCUCGUACCUCCAGAGCAUUGGAUUCGGAGGUCUAUGGAGGUUUGCAGGAAUAUUUGCCAAGGGGGCGCAGAGUAACGACACAGCAGAGCUGUUUGUCAACUGUCUUGAGGCGAUGAUGGUCGAAACAUGUCUCCCUGGUGACGACCUUGACAUUUUAAACCCCUAUCCCAGCAGUCUCGGCAUCUCAUCAAACUUGAAUCUCUCGAGCUCAAUGUCGAGCUUAAGUCUGAGCGUGAGCUCCAUGCACUCGCCCACGGACAAGGAUACAGACAAAAAUGGCGCUGCAGGAAACGGAGGCCGUAUCCGACACGGGUCAGCCAAUAACGUUGCCAGUAAAAACCGUGCUGGGAGUUUUAAGAGAAAGGAUAGUAAAAAGAAGAUUGAUAGUCUCGAUUAAUUGGAUGAAGACUGUUUGAAGGCCUCUAUUUAAAGCGUUGAUGAUAGUUGUUUAAGAAUGAUGAUUUCUUUGUAUUUUACUGUAUAAGAUUUUUUCUGACAUUUUCAGUUCAAUUUUGUCCAAAAAAAAAAGGAAUUAUAUUAAAGUCGUGUUAUUGGAGAAAAAUAGAAAAUUAAAAGUAAAUGCGACAAAUCUUUGAUGUCUGUGAUUAAUUAUUGGCUUGUUCAUUAUUUAUGAAAAUUGUAAACAAUAAUUGAACUGUACAAACAUUUCCACAAAGAGAUACAGAAUAUUGUUUCAAUUUUUUUUAUGAAAAUUCAAGUUUGAUGAAAUUUCAUCAAGCAAUUAUUUUGGAAGAUUUAUAUUUAGACAGAAAGGAAAUCAUAAAUGAUUAUUAUAAAAUGGUUAGAGAAAAUAGCUGCAUUUGUGCCAAAAUGGCAGAUUAAAAUUGAAAAAAUAUGUAUUCUGAUAAAGGUUGAAAUAUUGACAUGAAUGUUAGAUCAUAAAUGAUAGAUCAGUUAUGUAUAUUCAGACUUCAGUGAAGUAAGCAUCAUGUUUUAUGUGCUAUAGUACUUUGCAUUUAAUCAUACAUUAAAGAGAAACCUCAUUCAAUGAUGCGUGUAUACCAUGUACUUUGACCUGUCGAGGUGGACUUGUAGUUGUAUAGUCUGAAAACUAUUGUCUGCAACUGGCUAGGUAUUGUUUGAGCAUUAGUACGAUACGGUUUUGUUUAUUGUUGGUAAUUAAGGAAUAUUUGUUGAGUGCUUCAGACAGUGUUUUUUUUAUGGGGGAUGGGGGAGGGAGGGGGAAGAACUUCUGAUGCUAUCCUUUUUAGGGUAAUUGGUAGAAACUGUUGACUGCACCUGGCCGGUAGAAACUGUUGACUGCAGCUGGCAGGAAGAACCUGUUGACUGCACCUUGAAGAAUAUAAGUAUAAGGAGCCCGAAGGGAUGUAUUCCACUAUUGAUGGAAUACUUAAUAUUUAGCUAUAGAAUUGAGGCUGUCUAACAGCUAAUUUUACUGAUUAUGUCAGGUCAAAGUUGUGUGGUUUCAACUUUUUUAUCAUACAUGUGUUCAUUUGUUUGGUAUCAAUGUAACAGUAACUGCAUUCGAUAUCUGUUGUUGUUAUUUUAUUAUUACUAUCAUUAUAGAUAUUAGAACAUAAUUUUCUAGUCCCAUUUUUGAUUAUUUGUAUAUAUUGGUUUACUUAAGAUUUUAUUUAAUAUGUCUUUUUUUUUUUAAGUAUUUAUAUUUGAGAUAAGUUUAUUUCUUAUUUCUUUUUGUAUCAUGACAAACCCCUUCAAUUCAAUUUAAUUCAAUAUGAAAAUUCUCAAAAGUAACAGAAAAUGUAGUAUAUUAAAACAGUUUUCAAAAAAGCUCGGAAUGACUUGUUUCAAUACUUGUUUCAUUAAAUGGAAGAAUUUUAAUCCUUGUCUGUAUAUAAAUUAAACAAAGUACAACAAUUUGUUACAAAACUAAAAAAUACAUCAUACCUUUAUUAGCUGGAUAUGAUAAUUUUGCCAAAUUUGAACUAAUAAUAAUAAAUAUGAACUACAAAGAUAGAUUGGUUUUAGUUGAAAGAACACCUGCCUAAUGAAAAUCAAUGUCAAUUUUACGAAUUUUUUUUAUAAUCUUGGGCAUUACAAAAAAAUGUGUUUGAUUCAAGUCUUCUUUGUUUGCACCGGUCCCUAAUUUCAUUAUUGCCAGGAAGCAAAUAUUAAUGUAUCUGACUGUUCUUAUUUUUUCUACCUCCUUGGGAUGAAUUUUUGUUAAUUUCUUUCACAAAAGGGAAGCAUAAGUUUACGCAUACAGAACUGUUUUCAGUGUGAAAACAGAAUUAUGACACAACUAAAUAAAAUAGAAAACAACAGAACCUAUUCCUUUAUAUUUUGGCUAUUAAAAUAAAAAAAUAACAACUUUUUCUGCCGUAACUAAGUGUGAAAUAAGUAUAUUUUGAUAGCAAUUCACAAACGAUCUUUCCAAAAUAUAAAUUUUAAUACUAUUUUUAGCAGUGCAAGCAAAUGAGUUCUACGUAACCUUAAAAAAAGAAGCACUCCAAACUGUUUUUCUUUCACCCAUUACUGAUGUUGUUUCUAUAUUUGUUGUCGGCAGCUUAUAUAAAUGUAAGUUAUGUGGAAUAGUGUGGCCAACUCAUUUUACCAUUUAGUACUUUUGCAUGUAUUAGUGGAAACAGUUUUUUUCUUUAUUUCUUUAAUAAUUUAAUACAUCAUACUAUCAUUUACAAGCAAUUUGUUAAAAUACCAGACAAAUGCUGUCAUAUAAGAUACUAGACAAAUACUGUCAUUUACAUGCAAAUUGUGGAAAUACUAGACAAAUGCUGUCAUCUACAAGCAAAUAAUGUCGUAUUCAAGUAAAUUAUGAAAAAACUUGACAAAUACUGUCUUUUUUUACCAAAUUGCUGAAAUACUAGACAAAUGCUUUCAUCUAAUGUUGUCAUUUACAAGAAAACAUUGUCAUUUACAAGUAAAUUGUGAAAAUUCUUGACAAAUACUGUCACUUACAUAAAAAUAGUGUCAUUUACGAGCAAAUUGUGGAAAUGCUAGACAAAUACUGUCACUUACAUAAAAAAAGUGUCAUUUACGAGCAAAUUGUGGAAAUACUAGACAAGAAUAAUAAUGUACCAAAUUCAUUAAAAAAUACUUCAGUGUUUACACUCAUGUCUCUGCCACUUGGAUCCCAGAAACGAUUUCGAUUUAAUGAAAAUGACUACCUUUAAGUCAUUAAUUCUUUUUAAAUGACAUUUUAAUAAGCUUCCAGAAUACCUAGAACCUGUAUUCAAGUCAUUUAUGAUGAAAUUAUUCUUGGAUGUUGCUGUAUUUCAAAAUGCUUUUCAAUUGGAUUUUUUUAUAUUAAAAAAUUAUUAUUAUGCUCUUUAAAAAGAACAUCUCGUAGUAUGACAUUUAUGAAGACAUUUAUUAUGCAUUUUAACAACUAUAAAGCAACUGUUUGUUUACUCUCCCGAAUAGCCCCAUUUGUUAUGAAUCUCUUAAAUAAUAUGAAAUCUACCUCUUCAUUAAAAACAUUGUUCAGCUUUAGUCAUUUGGCUCAUUUUUGUAGUAGAGCUUCUGUUAUUUUUCACAUUUUGAUUUCAAAUCAUGUUCACAUAAUGUAUUUGUUAUGCUCUCUGUAUCAUUGCUAAUUAUAUCUUUUCUGAACCUGAAUGCAGAUUGUCAUGUUUAUAGAAUACAACACAGUUAACAAAGAAAACAAAUGAGGCACUUACAGAACCCCAUGUGGAGUUAUUUUAUUUUUUGAUGCCUCAAGACCCCAUAUCGUUUGAUGUCAUUUGAAAAGGAUGGCGGAGAAAAAAUGUGUUAAAACAUAUACAGAACAAAUUGUACAAACAAUCUUGAUAGAUUGCCAAAUAGGUAAUUUCAUGUCCAAUUUCAAUUGAAGUAAAGACUAAAAAGCACAAACUGCAGUACCUUUAUCUGCAUCGUGUGUUUUGUCAUGUAUGCUACAUAUAAGUUAUCAGCAAGCAAUCAUACCCCUUUCAGAUUAAAUCAAAAUUAUAUGGGGUCAGUUUGCAUACAUUUUAGACAUUUUUACAAAUGGCUCAAUCAGAUAUCUGAACAUUAACAUGGAAACCAGGCCCCAAUUUGUCCAAAAUUCUUAGUUUUACACGCUCAAGUAACUUUUUUCAAUUAGCCCAAAUUUAUGCUUAAUUUGACUUUGAUAAAUGAUAUAUGGUUUAUUGUGACUUUCAUCAAGAUAAUUCAUAUUUAAAAACUUUAAGAAAAGUAAUAUCAUGCAAAAUAUAGAAAAAGUAAAAUAGUGAGCUUAGCAUUAUCCUGUUAUAAGGGACUUUAGAAGUUUCAAUUUACUAAAAAAAGAUAAAAAUAUUAAAAAAUGUAUAAAAUCAUUAUAAAUGACCCAGGGUAACUAUUGAUUGUAAGCUUCAAAUUUUAAGUGUAAUAGUAGAAGUAUAAAAACCCCGGGAGGAAUAAAACCUUGGCAAAUAGCUCAUGUUCAUCUGCUGAAACAGAUGUAAACGGAUAACUAUUAUAAUUACUUCUCGGAAAAUGUCUGGCUACACUGAGCAUAAGUCCCAUUUUGUCCACAUCUCCACCACAGUCUUAUUCAACUUUCAACUAUGUUCAAUAUUUAACAAGUAUUUGGAAUUUAAACAUAUAGUGUAACCUGGAGCAACAACACUAGAACUGUCAAUGUAUGUUUAACAUGAAGCUUGCCACAAGCUGUGAAUCAUACAUGGUGCACAUUUAAAACUUGUUGCAUUUAUAUGUUGUAAUGAUCAUUUAUUAUUGUUUUACAGUUUGUGCUAUUAUUGUGAUCGAUCUAAAAGUAUUAAAAAAGAAAACCAA